GACAUGAACCCGCGAGAAUGGAAUCGUUAGAUAACAACACCGAACCAAACAAAAUUCUGAUUUAUACGAUACAUCUAUUGUGUACUCCACACGUUUUGGACAAACUAUUCAAUUCACAUCCUCUGCGAUUUUUUACAUAAUAAAAUGACGUCCUCCCGCCGUAGAAGGCUUGCGGCUAUUACCACAUACGAGCAACGUAGAAGGAGACUUCGUGGUAUGGGCGAAUAUUUACCAUCAGCCCAGACAGCAACGACACAGCAACGACGAAGCCAUGUUCCACUACUGUGGCGCGACAAGAACAAUAAUGACCUGCCACCAUUGCAGAACGAAAGCACUGCAAAGCGAUAUUUUGUUGGCGCAAUCAUCUACAAAAGGCCAGCUGUCCACGGACCCGACAAUCGUAGCAAAGAGUCAGACGAGUUCGCGUUACACGUUUUCGAACAGCACAAAGUGCAAGUUCGCCAUGACGAACCUGAAUCGAGGAUAUUGAAUAGAAUCUUCAACGAAUAUUCGGCAAUUGCUAAUGGAAAAUCAACAUUCAUCAGCAGCAUAUAUUUAAUGCAAAAGUACGUUCCGACUGAUUAUUCCAAUGGAACAUUGUUCGAGUUAAACGGUUCAAUAGGAAAUCCCGUGAAGCAAAUUCAUCAUGUAAACUUACGCUUCCAGAGAAAAUAUGUUCCCGUAUUAAUGCAUGAAUAUGACCCUUCUACAGAAGCAGAUGGACGCGAAACAUAUAUCCACUUGUCAUCAGUUUCUUUGAACGUUUAGAAGUAUUCCACUCGAUUAUAUUUUACCUGAUUUUCGAAAAAUCUAUAGCUAGUGAACACCCAGUUUACGUUCCGGAUUGUAUUUGGUUUUAAAUAAUUCUUAGCGUAAAAUAAACAUACAUACGAUAAACAGAA